CAAAACGCUUUCAGCAACUGUGAAACAUUCGCGAACUGAUUUUCAAACAACUCGCAUGCAUUCAUUCCCCUGGCCCGCUGGUUCCACAGGUAUUUUUCUAUCCUUCCUUCCUGCUUGUCACAUACCAGAAAGAGCGGGGAGAAAAAUAAAAAAGAAUAAAAAAUUACGCGUACCUGACUGUUAAUUUAGAAAAGUUUUUUUUUGCCAUAAGUGAUGUUCGUAUUGUAAAGCGAGGAUUUCGUGAUAAUGCCACCUCUUCUGGAAUAUAUCAUUUCAUUUCUCGGUACUUCUGAGUUUAACUCUAUGCAGACGAUUUUAUUUGUCAAUUUAAGUGCUUAGGAUUAAAUAGAAAGGUGAAUUGAAAAUGUAUAUACUUAUUUCAGCUAAAUGAGAAGAAAAAAAAUAUUUCUCAAAAGUGCAUUUUACGAGAAUUUAACUGCAAACGUGCAAUUAACUGCAAACUAUAAAUUAUGAUCUUAAACGAAUUUUUACACCCAAUUAUUAUUGAAGCAAGGCUGUGUCAGUGAAAUAUGUGAAUUUAACUGCAAGGAUAUUGAAAGAGCCGGUGUUAACUGUGGAUUUUAAAUGUUUAUUUCAGGCUAGCAUGAUAUUGCCGAAAUUUUCUUUUUAGUUAAAAAUCGUUUGCCUGUCUCAGCAUAUUUUCUAACAUUUCAUUUCACGAAGUUCCUCAACAUACACUUGAGGAAAAUUGUGCAUUUAUCUUGCUUGUUUCUGAAAUUUCAGAUUUUUCAGUUUUUUUCAACAGUGGAAGAAAAGUAAACUUUUCCACUUUUUGUUUAGCCAUUAUGUGCAAUUUAUUGAAGCUACUACUCGUUCUAAAAUAAAAUAAAUAAUAAUGGAAGCCACGGAAGAAGAAGAAGAAAUUGAAGAAACUGUUUAUUUUGAUCAAUCUCAGGAUGAAGUGGAUAACUUUAUUGUUGUUUCAACGUUGCAAGAUGGAAAUUUCGUAGUAGAAGCUUUGUUCUCGGCUGUAGAGGAAGGUAACACAGCAGGAUUAGAGGAACUCUUUACUAUCUCUAACAUUGAUCCAAAUUACUGCAAUAAACAUGGUGAAACAUCUGUACAUAUCGCCGCAGGCUUGGGUCAUUUGAACGUGGUGAAGUUUUUACAUUCUAAGAAAGCUAACAUCAAAGCCUUAGAUAGUCAUGGUGACAGUGCCAUUUAUUGGGCAGCACGACAAGGCCACGAGCAGAUUAUUCGUUAUUUAUACGAGGAAGGAGUUUCUGUUGAUAUCCAGAACAAGGCAAAAGAAACAGCUCUACACGUCGCUGCCCGUUACGGACACACAAAUGCCGUGGCACUCCUUUGCCGAUGCUGCACCGAUGUUAACUUGCCCGAUGAGCAUGGUGAGACAGCUUUGCAUAUUGGUGUGUGGCACGGUUUUCCUAAGAUUGUCGACACUCUCUGCAACUUUGGCGCGAAGACAAACUUAAGAAACAAAGAAGAAGAAACACCACUGCAUUGCGCAGCCGCGAGAGGACACACAGACUGCGUCAGUAGCCUCCUGGACGCAGGUGUGGAUCUGAAUCUAGUUGACAAGUGUGAGAACACGGCCUUGCACCUAGCCAUGCGAAGACACCACGAAGCCGUAGCUUUCCUGCUCCUUAAAGCCGGAUGCCGAACCGACGUGUUUGACAAUCAAGGAGAAGGACCCAUUCAUAUUGCUUGUCGAGAUGGUCUGUUAUCACUUGCCAAGGCUCUCUGCUCAUCUGGAUGUAAAGUUAAUGUGCCAAACAAGAUGGGCUUUUAUCCUAUUCACCUGGCUGCCAAAAAUGGACAUAUCGAAAUCGUUCGAACUCUCUGUCUUGCGGGUUGUAUAGUGGAUCAGAAGAACAGAGAAGGCAUUCCGGCAGAAAUUUCUGCACUUGCUCAAGGAUACAACGCAAUAGCUGACAUACUAAACAGAUUGAAAAAUGAUCAACAAAGAGAAGAGUACAUAAACCAACUCACGUCAUCUGUUCAGCCGAUUACUAGAAUACAACUGAAAGUGCUCGGCCAUAGCGGUGUCGGUAAGACAACCUUGCUUGAUUCCAUGAAGUGCGGUUACUUCAGUUCCUGGUUUAGGAGAUCUAAGUCAAAUUCAUCUUCAUCAGUCAGCAGUGGAUGCAUUAAAAUGAAAAACGGCACGCACUCCAGCAAAUCGAGCAUUGAAUCGGACUACUGUGCAAAUGACGAUCCUUGCUUGUCUUUCGAAACUAAUUUCGAUAGCUACACUCACGGUAUUGACAUUCACCAAGUCAAUAUUUCUGGUGUUGGUGAUUUGAGUCUGUGGGAGUUCUCGGGACACGAGCCAUACUAUUUAGUCUACGACAGGUUUCUGGGGAAUUGCCAUUGCAUCCACGCCGUUGUGUUUUCGUUAAGUGAGCCUUUUGAUGUUCAACUGCAGCAAGUUAUGUUUUGGCUGUCAUUUCUGCAAGCAAGAAUACCACCCCAAGAACCUCUCGGUCCUUUUGGUAAAAGCAGAUCUCCAACAAAAGUAUUCCUUGUCGCUACCCAUGCCGAUACAGCUAAUUGCCAGAGGAACAACAUGACGAAUGAAUACGUGAGCACAGAGGCAGAUGCAAUUUUGGAAGCAGCGCUCCUGAGGUUCAAGCACGUGUUCGACAUCCAUGACGUUAUCUACGUGAUGGAUGCACACGUGGUUGGUUCACAAGCCAUGAAGUCACUCAAGCAAUACAUCACAAAUUGCAAAAAUGCAAUAGUGCAGGAUCUGCCAAAACAUACUGGAUUAUUAGAAUCGAUGCUAGUCCACCUCCAAAAAUGGCGCCAAAGUUCAACUAAUUUUCCAGUUAUGUCCCAUCAGCAAUUCUGUGAUUUAGUGCACUCCCAAGUCAAUCCUCUGGCUAACAUCGAACAUAUUAAAAUUAUGAUUGAUCAACUGCAGCUAAUGGGAGAGUUGUUAUUUUUGAGGCUGGAAACACAAGACCUUAUAGUGCUAUAUCCAAGAUGGCUGUGCGUCGACAUUAUUGGCCACAUGCUUUCGCAAGAACAUUUAGAAACAGCUAAAAUAACUGGAACGUAUACCGUAGAUGACAUCCAGUUACUCUUUCCAGAUACAGAUGCUUUGGAUCUUUUACAAGUGUUAGAAUCUCUACAAUUAUGUACGCAAUGUGACAGCAACGGAGACAUUGAGUACGAGUUCCCGUGUUUCAACAUGCUCGAUUCCCAGGAUUAUUUGUGGGAGAAGGGAGAUCUUCGAUACACCAACGCUGUUUACGGAGGAGUGCGGAUACAGAGUUGGCCAGCCGAUAAACAUCUUUUGAAGUGCGUUAUUCCUAGAUUGCAGGUUCAGUUAAGAAGGUACUCUCAGAAUCAUGUUUCCACUGAUUGCACUUUACAGCAGUGGAGACAGGGUAGUAAUUUCAUGUGCAGCAGUAUCCAAGGACAAAUCACUCUGGGAGAAUUCGGUGAAUCUGUAGAUGUCAAAGUGAGAGCCCCUUCCUUCAUGAGAGUAGAAAGUUUUUACUUCCUGUCCAGUCUUCUGGGAGUCAUUGAUCAAACACUAACUGAAAUGUGCCCUGGUCUCCUCUGCGAAAGACACGCCAUCAGCCCUACUCAUUUGUGCCAACAUUUUAUUCAGCCAACCAGUCAUCUGUCCCACCAUCUACUGACCACACUUCUGGAGAACGGCCUAGACGGUACAGUCCGGUCACCAGACGGGUCCUUGACAGAAUCCAUGGCUGAUGUCAUCUGCCUUGGAUGUCCAGAUAUUAUCGGUUCGACAAAUAACACCGGUGGAGUUAUUCUAGGGCCACAGCUCCAUGCUUCGAAUUUACAUUUACCUGUACAACAGAAAUUGUGCCAGGUGUUGGAUCCACCUGAACCUAUAGGACGGGACUGGUGUAUGCUGGCCGUAUUAUUUGGACUGACUGACAUGUUACCCCACCUGGAUCCUGGUGACAACCCUGCUGAAAGCCCAACAGCACGCAUAAUGCGCGAAUGGCUGAAAGAACCAUCUAGUUCUAUAGAAUGUCUUUUGGACAAAUUAAAAGAGCUUGGUAGGCACGAUGCUGUGGAAAUAAUAAUGAGAACUGCUCCGUUUAUCAAAGUAUUUCCCGUUGGGGGAGAAGUUUCUAGUGAUGAUAUCAGCAUGCUGUGCAGCAUGUCACAUACGUCAAGUUCAAACAUAUCACGAUAAAACUACGCUUCUAGGCUAGUUCCCAUGUGUCAUUGAAAAACGCUAAAUACAGAAAUAAUAAAGGGAAAUCUGGAAUUAUUUUUUUCCUUUAAUUUUAUGUUUAGGCUCAAUAUGAAUAUCUGCAAUAUCCCUCCGAGAUGAACUUUACCUACCAACUUGAAUUGACUCAAAGAGAUAAACUUGAACAUUAACAUGUAGGCAGGUAAAAUAAUACUUCGUACAUACUUUUUACCCGAAAUCUAAUGAAGCAAAAACUAAAUCAAUAGUUUUCUAGUUAGUUGCAAAGGUUUUAGUAUGCGUAACGUACAAAAAGUACAAAUUUUGAUUUAUACCUCCAUUGGUCUCCAGCCCCCGAGGCGUGGACCACUUCAGGUCCGUGGAUCAAAUGCCACCGAACUGCCCAAGUUGUAUUGAAUUAUUUCCAUUUUAACUUAUUGUGGUAUAUUUCUCGCAAGUUUGUACGACUUUCCAUAGGCGAAAGGUUAAUCGGGAGCUGAGAAACGUCAGCUAAAGCCACACCAAUACCAAGCAUUUAAUUAUACUUUAUUUUAAAAGCAUGUUUAAAUACAGUAAAAUUAAAAUUAUUAAAUAAAAACAAUCUAAAAUAUUAACAAUCAACAACCAGUCCACGGUGAGAAACACUGCCUAUAUACACGUCUAUGUACUUUUAUCUUAACAAGUCUCAUGUACUUUUUUACGCUAGAUUGUACUAAAAACAAGUUGAUAAAACUAAUAGUUUAGAAGCUAUACGGGCUUUGUGUAUAAAAAAUAUAAUUGUUUACUUAGAUAUUAGAGAGAUUUUGCAAAGCGUUAUGGUUUCCGCUAACGUUAUUUGAGCUUCACAGCGCAUACGCGAAUUGCACUGAAGAGUAGAAAAUAAGGCUAGUGAUACGAUUAACGUAAAACAAACUUAUAUGCAAAAUCCCUCUAUUAUCACACAUACAAUCCUGAUUACUUCUGAACUAUUAAAAUUAUCGGCGUGAAUUUCGUUUCAUUUUAUUCAUCGUAAAAUUUUGCAUAGGAAACAAUAUCUCACAUAAGAUUCUUCCCUUUUGACCUCUCUCUCAUCAUAAAUUCAAGAUGGCAGGUAAAGCUUGUAUCGUAGGAGGAAUAAAUUUCAAAUAACCAUAUUUGACCUAAGCAACUUUUAAAACAAUUUCCAGUUUCCCUGUCAUUGUUUCCGUAUUCAAUUGCUUAGAAACUAGCCUAUGAUGCCAAAGCUAAUCUUUGAAUUCGAUCGGGGAAUUUGCUCAAUUCUGUCAAGUCAGUAUUAAAUGUUUUCGGGUAUGCAGCUCUUCCAUUUGAAGAAUCUCUUGAAUUUCAUGAGCUUAAUAAAGAAAAUUGUUUAUGUAUAAUUAUUUGUUUACUUUCGUAUGGUGAUCAGAAUGUACUGUCACCUACAGCCCUUAUAAAUCCGUCCAAAACUUGGGUCCAUUCCAAUUAUUAAUUCUUGUAUUAUUUAUAUAAAGGAUAAGGGUUUCGCUUUUUUGCAUGAUUUCAAAUCAAUUAUUUCUAUUUCAAAUGCAUUUUAAAAUGCUUUAUAGUUCAUAAAUAAAAAUAUAUGUCUAUAAAAAAAAACUUCUAAUCAUUUUUACUGAUGCGUUACCGCCCCCUUCCCCCCAAAAAACCCACGAUUUAAAGACAAAAGUCAAAGGAGAAAUGUGUUUGCUGUGAUUUGCUUAGGAAACAAGAGAUUGUAAUCUCCAACUUUCACAAUUCGUUAAAAAGUUAGCCAAUAGACGGCGCUGCUGAUCCAAAGCUAUAAAUAAUAUUUUCUAUUGUAUGUCAGACCAUUCUAACUGAAAUAUUUGAAAGCUCUUCAAUCAAGUUUUAAUCAUUUCUUGAAGUUUUUGCUAUAAAUGGUGGUUAUUUAAGAGCAUUGCUUCUGGUUUUCUAAACAAAAUGCAGCAAUUUGUCCAUUUUCUUGUUUCUUAGUUUAUUUUUUAAGUCGUCGGUUAUUUUAGGGAUUUUAUGAAAAUACAUUAACAUUGUAUAAACAUUGUAUGAAAGACAUAAAAAUUCAUAUUAUAUCAAAGUUUCUCUUCUUAAGUUGUUUAUUAGCAGAAAAAGUAAUAAUUUUAAAAAAAUUAAGGUAAAAAAAAAAUUCUGAUCAUAAACUUCAUUUGAUUUUGAUUACCAAUUUUUGUUCCUUGAAAACAGGAUUUUAAUCUUUAUUAAAUGCUGUGCAAUUUGAUAGCAUAGUUCAAUCUUGAUUUUUGUUGAAAAUAAUUAAUUUUCACUUUUAUUUUCAAUGACUUAAUGUAAUACUGACAGUAAAAAUUACGAUAAAAUUGUUAAAAUAUUACACCAUAUAAAUAAAUAAUUGCGAGCAAUAUUUAAAUUAUUAUUUUUUAUUUAAGGAAUUCAUACCCUCAAAAAUUAAGAUUUUUAUCUAUAAUUAUUGUCAUUCGAAAUUAAUGAAAAUAGUUCUAGCUUUUUCUUGCAAGGUGUAGAAACUAUGAUAUAGUAAGGAUUUUUUAAACUUUUUAGUUCAAUACUUUCUUGUGUAUGAUAUGUUAUCUUAUGCUUAAAGACAUCAAGAUUGUUGCAAUUGAAGUACGAGAUUUUGCGGAUAUCAUUUCUUGAUCACGCUCUGACAAAAUCUUACUUAUUACUUACAAAUUACUGACAAAAUAUUACUUAUCUUACUAUAUGAGCUUAAAAAUCCAUUACACAUAUAAUAGGAAUUGUAUCUGAUUUUUCAAAAAAUAAUCUAUAAUUAACUAGCAUAUUUAAGAUUCGAAUCACAUACCAUUAAAGCUGCAUCUUAGUGCUUGAAAAUUCGACUUCUAAAUUUAAAGUUAUUAAAAUAAUAUUAAUAUUAUUGUGCACUGUACAGUUACAGUACUCUAUAAAUGAAAACUUCUAUUCUUAUUUCUUUAUCAUUUAUCUAGACAAUAAAAAUUUCACUCAACAUUUUCUUAAAGUAGUUUAACAAUCAGCACUUCAAUAGCAACAAUCUUCAAAAAAUCUACAAUGUAAUAUACAAUACAAUUAAAAAUAUUUUUAAAAAAUAAAUAAAUAGUAUCAAAUAACAACGCAUUCAAAAAUUGUACAGAAAUUUACUUUUUAUAAAUAAAAUAUUAAUUGUAAUUUUACAGAUGUAUUAUUUAUGAUUCUGCAAUUGACUCAUAUUUUCAAUUAGUAGCAUUUGCAUGUUAUGAAAUGAAAAUCAUUUAUUGUUAUUAUUCAAAAAAUAAAAAUAUUUUGUUUUCAA